CUCGGUCAGAAUAGCAGGAGAAAGAAGUGAUGACAGAAAGACUGGGGAGGGAUUGCUUCGAGCUCGUUUUAUGAGAGGGUCGCGGUUGUGUCAUUGUACUACUUAGUUAGUUCACUGUGAAAGGGGGGCAAGUUAAUUGCUUGCUCCAUGGCGGGGUUUGGCUCGUUUCAUCGUGAAUGGCGCGCUUGAUAAACGGCCAUUUCUUUUGGCUGCAGUCAGCUGGCCCCGUUGCUUCUUUUCUUUUCUUCCAUUCUCUCUCUCAUUUAAAAGGGAUCUUGAUCUCUCACUUCCCGCUCCACCUCGUUACAUAGCCACACUUGAGCCUUUUUUGACGUUACGUUCAGUGAUAAUAUUUUAGCUUUAGGCUUCACGUUUUUACUCGAACCCAACCGCGUUUCAGAUACCAUACUGUCAACAAGAUGGGUUUCCUCGGAGAACUUAUCGAGGGCGCUAUCGAGAGCAAGUUUGGAGGAGGCCAUAGCUCCUCUACUGCCGAACCCUCCUACGGAGGUGAGGGCUCCUACGGCAACAGCUCCUAUGGACAGGCUCCGCCGCCCCCGCAGGUCUAUCCGCCCUGGGUUGCUCGCUGGGACGCGCGCGAGGGCCGUUAUUUCUUUGUGAACGAGCAGACUGGUGAGAGAACCUGGGAGUACCCUGCAUCUCAGGGAGGAUAUGGUGGUGGUGAAUACCGCCGAGAAGAGUCAUAUGGUGGAGAGUACCGCGGAGAGUAUCGCGGAGAGUCGUACCAGCAGGAACCUCCCAAGAAGGACCACUCGCUGACAUAUGGUGUUGCUGGUCUCGCCGCUGGUGCUGUCGGUGGUGCCCUGCUCAUGCACGAAGGCGAGAAGAUCCACGAAGACUGGGACGAGGACAAGGACCGGAUCGAGAACAAUGUGGCCGACUUCCCCGAGGAUGCUGCUCGCUGGACGGGCGAGAAGGUCGGCGAGGUCGAGCAGAUUCCUGAUGAUAUCGAGAAUGACUAUGACCGUGCCAAGUACCACGUAGAAGACGGCUUCGACAACGCCGUCCAAGACGUCGAGGACGCCCCAGAGGACGUCGCUGGCUGGGUUGGGGAGAAGGUCGGCGACGUCGAGCGUUUUGAUGACAACAUUGAGAACGCUUAUGACCAGGGAGAGCAAGAGGGCCGGUAUGAUGACAACUAUUGAUCAGAACGAGCCUUGCCCUCUCAUUCUUCUGUGAACGACGGAUUCUUCUUUGAGUUUUCGGAAUGGCUGCAGACUGAUUGCGAAGCCACUUGUUUCAUGUCUUGCCGCUCAUGUCUGUUGGCAUGAUGCGCUUAUCUGC